UUGUCGUAAUCACAAUUGUAUUUGUUUUCUUGUAAAUCUUGUUAUUGUAUUACUUGAAUAAAACAACAAAUUUUUAAAUUUUGAUAGAAUGGUUAAAAUAGCUCUCCAGAUUAAGGCUACGCUCGAAUGCAUAGAAAGUCUCUAUACAAAUCACCCUCAUUACCAAUGGUUCUUGAAGUUAAAAUGUAGCAACUGUGGAGAGGUAGCUGAAAAGUUUACCGAUUUAACCGAAGCUGAUAAAGUGCCACUGAAGCACAAUAGGUCUGAAACUAAUUUGGCAAUUAAAUGUAAGCUAUGCUCGAGGGAUAACAGUAUGGAUGUUAUUGAAGGCAGUAAUGGUAAAUAUACCAAUGAUGAUGCAAAUAAAUUCAAAACUCUUGUUAUAUAUGACUGUAGAGGAGUUGAACCUGUAGACUUCGAACCAAAGUCAGGUUGGAUAGCUGAAGCCGAGGAUAAUGGUAAAACAUUUACAGACGUAGACCUUAGUGAAAAAGAAUGGGCAGACUAUGAUGAGAAGAACCAGGUGUCAGUGGGUGUGUAUGAACUUGAAUGGCAAUUUAUCAAAGUCAAGUAACAAAACAGUGCAGUGUAAAUAAUUAAUUAUUGAUAUUGUUAUAUAUAUUAUUUUGUUUUAAUAUACA